UGAAGCUGUUCUGGAAUGUUCCGGUCAGGCGGUGGCGCUCGCGCUUACUGUGUGGUGUGUGCGUGUGUAACGUUUCUGUGGAGCAGCUCGCGAGGGUUUUGCGCCGUUUUUCCACCUCACGCACAUUUUCUCCUCUCGAGGCAGAAUGAAUGUACACGCGGAAUGUAGAUACAGUUCAGGACAGGGGCGACGUCUCUCUGUCUGUCUCUGUUUCUCUCUUUCCGUGGCUAAGUAAUUGGCUAAGGGAUUGUGAAGCCAUCGUUUUGGAGCUGUUGAAACAUAGAGGGAGGAGAGGAACCGAGUGAAAAGAGGGAAAAUAGGCUGCCCCCCCCCCCUGCACCCGAGAGUUACCUGUCUGUGGCUGCAGCGGUGAAGACAUCUCGCUUUUCUCUUCCGUUUGCGAAGGGGAAAAUGCUUUCGACUCGUUAUCAGUGAUACGAUGUACGUCUCACUCGCCAUCACUCGCACAGGCUGAAGAGGGACAUUUCGAAGAAGGACGGCGCAGAAGGGUGAAGUAGGCUACGUUCCCCUUCGUCAUUUUUACGCUUGUCAGGCAUUUCUCAGGUCAAACCAACCUACUGGAUGCUGGAAAUCUCACGCGCCUCCAGAAGCUGAAGAUGAAGUUAUUAUGGAAACCGUUUUUGCUGCUAUCAGUCAUGGAGUGUCUUACAGAUUGUUUGGAUUAUAAAUCAUUCCAUGGGCCAAAAUGGCGGAUGGAGCCCAGUGAUUUAAUGGUGCCUGCUGGUUUACCGGAAGAAGAGGCCACACUAACCUGUGAUGCCAAAGGCUUCCCUUCUCCUCAGUACAGGUGGACACUGAACGGCACGCUGAUUGAGCUGAGGUCUGAUUAUCGGCGGCGUCUGUCUGGGGGGAAUCUGGUGAUCAGGAAUCUGGACCUUGCAGAGGACACGGGAAUCUACCAGUGCACUGCUUUUAACUCACUGGGAGCCAUUCUCAGCAGGAGAGCGAGCCUUCAGUUUGCCUACUUGAAUUUCAAAACUCAAAUGAGAAGUGCUGUGUCAGUACGUGAGGGCCAAGGAGUAGUUUUACUGUGUGGUACACCCAUAUAUGCAGGAGAGCUGCAUUUUGCCUGGGUGUUCAAUGAGUACCCAUACUUUGUCCAGCAAGACAGCAGACGUUUUGUCUCGCAAGAGACUGGGAACCUUUACAUCGCUAAAGUAGAGCCUUCGGACGUCGGGAACUACACAUGCGUGGUGGUUAAUCGCAUUACAAAGGUCAAAAUGCUGAGCUCUCCCACUCCGCUGGUCCUGAGGACAGAUGGUGUGAUGGGUGAAUAUGAGCCUAAAAUUGAAGUUCAUUUCCCUGACAUGGUUCCAGCUGCCAAGGGCUCCAUUGUGAUACUGGAAUGUUUUGCUCUGGGGAAUCCAGUGCCUGAAAUAACAUGGAGAAGGGCUAAUGGAGUUCCCUUUCCCAACAAAGUGAAGAUGAAGAACUCUAAUGUCGUUCUGGAGAUUCCCAGUUUCCAGCAAGAGGAUGCAGGUGGUUACGAGUGUGUGGCAGAGAACAAGAUGGGCAGGAACACUGUGAAAGGACGACUCUCCUUCCAUGCUAAGCCUCAGUGGGUGCAGACCAUGCAUGACAGUGCCUUAUCCAUUGAUGAAAGGCUGUUUUGGGAAUGUAAAGCCAGUGGAAAACCCAAGCCCUCAUACAGCUGGCUAAAGAAUGGAGAACUACUUAACACAGAGGACAGGAUUCACAUAGAGAAUGGCGCUCUAACUGUAGUCUCAGUCAACCUGUCUGAUGCUGGCAUGUAUCAGUGUGUUGCAGAAAACAAACAUGGCAUUAUUUAUUUCAGCGCUGAGCUAGUGGUGCUUGCCUCACCCCCAGAUUUCAGAUCCCAAGUGCGAGCACUACUUAAAGCUAAAACUGGCAGCACUGUGACUAUGGAGUGCAGGCCCCAGGCUUAUCCCCCUCCCAUCACAUCAUGGAGGAAAGGCAGUGAACAGCUCCAGAGCACAGAGAGGAUAAGCCUUCUCUCUGAUGGAACACUAAGAAUCAUAAAUGUGACAAAGACAGAUGUGGGCAGUUAUACAUGCCUGGCUAGAAACCAGUUUGGUAUGGCAAGCACCACCAGAAGACUACUGGUCACCGAUCCCACACGGAUCACUCAGGGCCCAGUGGAUAUGGAGAUCAUAGUGGGCGAGAGUAUCAUUCUGCCGUGCCAAAUCGCAUGUGAUGCCUCUCUGGAUGUGUCUUUUUCCUGGGCCUUUAACGGCCAGCUCCUCAACAAACUCGACCCGCACUAUGAGCACGUUGGAGGGGGGGUGGCUGGAGAUCUAAUGAUACGCAAUAUUCAACUGAAGCAUGCCGGGAAGUAUGUCUGCGUCAUCGACACUGAUGUAGAAAGCUUGUCGGCGGCUGCCAUUUUGAUUGUAAAAGGUCCCCCUGGAGCUCCAGACAGUGUAACAGUAGAAGAGAUUACAGACAGCACAGCGCAACUCUCCUGGAGGCCUGGCCAGGACAAUGGCAGUCCCAUCCUCAGCUACAUCAUCCAGACCAAAACAGCAUUCACUGUGGGAUGGCAGGCAGUGAAUACAGUACCCGAGGUGAUAGAUGGGAACACUUUGACUGCUACAGUGGUGGACCUGAAUGCGUGGGUGGAGUAUGAGUUCCGAGUGCUGGCUAGAAACAGCGUUGGCGUAGGGGAACCAAGCCCGGCGUCACUCAAGACCAGAACCGAGGAUGCAGUUCCUGAUACAGCACCAGCUAAUGUUGGCGGUGGGGGAGGCUCCAAGUCUGAAUUGGUAAUAACGUGGGAGCCUGUGCCUGAGGAGCUGCAGAAUGGAGACGGUUUUGGUUAUAUCAUUGCUUUGCGGCUGCUUGGUGAGCUAACGUGGACACAUGUUGUGACGUCAGCACCAGGUCGCUAUGUUUACCGCAAUGAGAGCAUUGCACCAUUUUCUCCUUUCACUGUGAAAGUUGGUGCGUACAAUGUGAAAGGCCAGGGACCCUUCAGCCCUGUCACCACAGUGUUCUCAGCGGAGGAAGAGCCCAGCAGAAUGCCAGGGGGCGUCUGGGCUCGGAGUAUUUCUGACACCGAAUUUGAAGUGAGCUGGCAGACACUCUCUGACUCUCCCGAAAGAGUUUUGGGUUAUGAGGUCAUGUACUGGGAAGAUGACACUAAGCCAGAGACCAUGGGGAAAGUGCGAGUGUCUGCAAAUCAGUAUACAGUGAACAUCAGUGGCCUGAAGGGGUACACUCAAUAUUUCCUUACAGUGAGCUCCUUUAACACAGCAGGAACUGGGCCACGCACACCUACCAUUAACAUCACCACCAAAAAGUCUCCACCAGGACAGCCACCAGUAAAUGUGGAGUGGAAUCUGAUUGGCUCAAAGCUGACUGUUCACUGGGACCCUGUAGUUACCAUGGAGAUGGAGUCAGAGGUAACGGGAUAUAAGGUUUCUUACACAAGGAACAGACAUACUGAGAUUAACACAGUGACCACUAACGUUACCUCUGUGGAGCUCAUCCUCCCUGCCGACGAUAAUUACAUCAUUCAGAUUUGUGCUCUGAGCGACAGCGGAGACGGCAUGCCCACUGAGCCCAUCAACAUUCACAAACUGAGUAUGAGUGUACGGGGUUCAAGAGGUUGGCAACUGACCGCCAUCCCCCUGUCCUUGCUUUUUAUCAUCGCAUUAACUGCCAUGAGGCCAACUUUGUGAAAAGGACAAGUAUUGCACUUGACUUAUUGAGUUGAACAUCUGUGCUCAUUCCGUACAAAUCAUGAGAGCAGUGUACUGAAAGAUUUUUUUUAAACACCCAACCUUCUCAUAUUUCACCCGAGGCAGCACCAUGUGCAUUUGAUAAAACCGACAAGGAAAUUCAACGUUACAGGAUUUUGUGUGCAUAUUAUGGUCUCAAGGCAAGUGUUUAAAUAGACUGACCACAUUUAGAUCAUACUUUUUUGUACCGUACCCGGAUGUCAUGACUCAUAUGCACUACUUGCCAACUGGUCUCUGUGACCCUUGCGGAGAACAAAAUGCCUUACUUCCAUGUUACAUGCCAAAGUAGUUCAUGUCUUUUGUCAUGUCCUUCAUCAUCUUGUUGCUAAGCUACUGUUUGUCCAAACAUGCUUUUUAUUCCUUUUGAUAUGAAAAUGUAAAGUUAAUCAGUGUUUUUAUACAAUAUUGUUACAUAUCACUGGCGCUCCGCAGCUUCUGCGUACCCAUUUUACAGAAUAUGAUUUUUCACUGUGCCUUCUAUACAAUAGCUGCAUAUCUUUAAUUUAACUUUACAUCCUCAAGCCUUUACUGUUCAGUCUUUCAUUAUCUUUGAGGAUGUAGGAGAGUGUCUUAUGAUGCCAAUUUGUUUUGGGUUAGUGGAAGCAAUGGCUAUAUGUCAUGAACUAAGUUAUUGGGUUUUGUUAACAUAGAAAGCACAGUGUAACAUUGAGUUGCAGACUUAAAUUUAUUAUUAGCUUAUAAUGUCUCAUGUCUAUAGAUGCCACUGGAGUAUUAAUAUAAGCUGAUAAUAUGAUGUUAUUCUCCCAAGCUGCAUUAUAUCAUAGCAACAGAUUUGUUCGGGCCUUUUAAUGAGACAAAUUUUCUUCAGGAUAGCUAACAGCCUAUAACUUUUUUUUUGUAUUAUUGAAGAAAGAGGGACUGAGAGUUGGACUGGUUUAUAUGUGCAAAAGUCAGAUUAUUGUACACUGUGUUGCAAAAGUAUUCACCCCCUUAAACUAAUUCACAUUUUGUAGUGUUACAACUGUACCUGAAUGUAAUUAAUUUGCCAUUCAUUCCAGGGAGCAAAAUUGGCUGAGCUCUCUGGGUGGGAGGGAUGGCAUUACUGUCUCUGCCCUGUCAAUCACAGCAACAUUAGGCAAACAAGGACAUCUGUGAUUUCCUGUAUGUGGAAAGGGGGUAGAUAGUGCUGUCCUCUGAGUGUGUUAUAUUGACCUGUGACACAACAGUUCAAAAAGGGGAGGGUAGCUGUCAUAUGAUAGGGAAAGGUUUGUGGAUGGAAAUCCAAAUUAGGAGAAAUCCCCCCCCCCCCAAAAAAUGUAAACAGGGCAAAUAUCCAUAAAAAUAUCAAUCAUGAUUUGUUUAUAAAAAAAAAAAUAUCCAAAACUUUGAACAUCUCAGGGUGCUUUGUUCAGAGAAGCAACCAAGUGGCCAAGAGUAACUGUCAGCAUGAUAUUACCACUACCAUCCUUCACUGUAGGCAUCCCCAUGAGGGUGAUGAGCAGUCACCCAAAUGCAGUCCUUUAUGCCAAGACCAAAAAGUUACAUUUUGGUCUCAUUAUACCACAGACAUUGAACAUGCCUUUUGGAAAAUUUAUAACAGGAUUUAGGUUUAUAACAAUGCAUUGUGACACGACACAUUGCAAUGCAACCCGGAUAGCAUCCGGAUGUGGGCCACUUCAAGCAGCGAUGUGGCACUGCUGGCAAUCUUUUGGCCCAGACAAAAAGGAUAUGAGCCUGAAGUGGCCCACAUGUAAAAUAGCAAAUAUGGCCCAAAUAUCCCAAAUCACAAGCGGGCCUUUUGUCAGGCAAAGAUGCAGUGCUUACGGCAAUGUGUAAUCUGGAUGUGACCCUAAUGUGGCCUAUGUGGUAAAUAGUGAAUAUGGCCCAAAUAUCAUAAAAGAAAUGCGGGCCACCUUUGUGCCACAUUCAAAAAUGUAGCACAUGUGGCAUUGCUAUGGCUUGCUUGUGGCCCAAAUCUGGCAAACAGGAGAAGACCGCCCAAGUGCCAUCAUUCCUCGUGGUAUGUGUGCUGGAUCUGGGCCACAGCAAUUUUGCAAUCUGGGAAAAAUGUGACCAUGUGCAUUGUGGCAAUGUUUGAUUUAUUUCGUUUUAUAUGGACAAAUAUGCACAUAGUUUAUGCAUUGUUCUUUUCAGUAAAAAAAAAAAAAAUGUUCGUUAUAAUUUUGUUCUAAAUAUACUGAGAAUCAAAUUUAAUUCAAUUGUGAAGCCUACAUCAUGAAUCAAAUUGAGUCAUGACAAGGGUCUAUCAUUACAAACCUACUUGCCACUUUUCAAUAAAGCCCAGCUUUGUGAAAUGUCUGGACAAUGGUUGUCUUGGGAACAACUUCUCCCAUUUGAGCUGUGCAUCUUUGCCACUCGUUUUGGUCGCUUCUCUUACUAAUACCUUCUUUACACAGUCACUGCUUUUGGUGUAUAGCCACUUGUCCCACUUGUGUCAUGUUCUUUCCAUGUUUUGAUAAUGGAUUUAUUAGUGAUCCGCGGGAUGGUCAAAGUUUAGGAUAUUUUGGUUAUAUACUAAUAACCAAACCACUCUCUUUGUCCUGGUCUUGUUCAACUACUUGCACCAGACCUUAUAUAUUGUUUGCAUUUGACAUUUAAUAAUUUCAGUUCCAGGCUGUAACACUACUAUUUUACCUCCUUGGAGAGGUAUAUAACUGUCUGUGCCUGUGUACACAGUAACAGCUGCUACAUUUGUGUUUUCAGGAUCAUAAGAGGAGGAGGCUUAAACCUGUAGAUAUAAUAAAGGUUUUGGCUAGUUUAGAUCCUGACUGCAAUUUGUCUGGAUCAAUGGUUUAGACAUUCAGUCUAAUAUUUUUCUAGUAGAACAGCAAAGAACAAAUGACCUGGAAGCAAAUGAAUCUUGUGCUUUAAUCUUCACAUCAAUAUUUCUUGUGUUUUGUAAUGAUAAAUGCAGUGUCUGAUCCAUGCAGUAAAUCAGGAGCCAUUAAAACAUCCUAAAAUA